AAAUUGAACCGAAAGGGUGAAUCACACACCGAUUUUUAUUGUCUCUGAAAGAUUCAGAAAAUUUUCCAGCGGAGGGAAAGCUGAGGAUGAGCAGCUUGGGCUUGAAGAGCUUGCUAUCGGCAGCGGUGAAGGGAGGCGUGACGGAGGCACGGGCGAGAAUAUUCGGUCACGUACUUAACCCAACUGGACAGAGAUCUCCCCACAAGAUUCUCCGCAAGAAGCUUAUUGGUGAGAAAGUCGCUCAAUGGUACCCUUAUGACAUCAAGAAAGACGACCCUCUCGUCAUGGCUCGCCAGGAACAAGAGCGUUUGUCCAAGCUUGAAAUGUUGAAGCGUCGUGGGAAGGGACCUCCCAAGAAAGGGCAGGGGAAGCGUGCUGCUAAGCGUAACAAGUAGAGGAAAUCAUGGUAAGCAGUUUUAUAGUCGGGUGAUGAUUGAUGUUUUGAGUAUCAUAGAGUUUAAGCAGGUGUACUUCCUGCAAACAAUUUUCAGCAGUUUACAUUUUUUAAUGUGAUUGAAUGACUUUCCUUUAUUUUUCCUUUCAAACUUUGGAAUACAUAAUUUGUCUUGCAAGGAGAACUUUCACUAAUGCAGCCUGAUUGUAACUAUAAGCAAGAUGUUACGAUGUGAGAAAGCAUGAGCCAGAAAUCAAUCCUUUAUUUAAUCCAAA